GAGAUUAAGGCAACAAAUCAGAGACGAGUGACGACAGGAGGAGUUGCUUUGACUCUACUCUUCUUCUCCGACCGAUACCCGAUUCGUUCCUACCCACAGAGAGAGAGAGUGUGUGGAAGUGAAUGAGCUUUUAGAAUGCAAGAGCUAAGGUAAAAGAAAGGGUAUCAUUCUUUUUGAGUUGGGAUUCCGUCAAAUGGGUCGCCUACGCUCCCUUCCCGGCAAAGCUGCUCACUUCGUCUCUGAUCUCACCACUGUCUUCCUCAAUCCUAUAUCUGACCAGCCUUCUAAACCCUCUUCUCCCCGUCCUCCUGAAAAUUUGACUGAGCCGAUCACAAGUCAAUCAGAAUCUGUUGCGAAGGAUGAUUCUGAGGAUUUAGUUGAUGAGCCUGAUACAUCUUCUUUUCCUGCUUUUGUCUAUGCUCUAUUGUCAUCUUCAGAGUCUGGAAGUAAUUCUAACCUGAAUGAACAAAAUGAUCGUCAAACAGAAGCUGGUGAUGGUGAAUUUUCAUCUUCGUCAGUAGUUAGGGAAUCUGGUGGAAAGAAAAGCUUAUUUUCUAAGGGGAAACAUACCCUCAGCAGAGCUGUCUACUAUGCUGUCAGUGGGUACCGGCAGCAAGGCUUAGAACGUAAGGGUAAUCGUGACAAGAAAACUGAUGACGGAAGUGAUACUGAACCUGCCGAAGAAGAAUUACAGACUAUGAAUACUUCAAAUGAGCCUGUGCCUAGGGGAAAUCUCCCUGACAUUUCUGAGCCUUCAUCGCUUCUUCCAGAGAAAACAAGAAGCAUUCUUUAUGCUUCACUUCCAGCAAUUGUUCAGGGAAGGAAAUGGGUAUUGCUUUACAGUACAUGGAGGAAUGGCAUAUCACUUUCAACCCUGUACAGAAGAAGCAUGCUUUGGCCGGGCCUUAGUUUGCUGGUUGUUGGGGAUCGUAAAGGUGCAGUAUUCGGUGGCUUAGUUGAGGCACCAUUAAGGCCAACCAGCAGGAAGAAAUAUCAGGGAACAAAUAAUUCAUUUGUUUUUACAAAUGCUCCUGGCCAUCCUGUUAUAUUUCGCCCCACAGGUGCAAACCGCUAUUUCACUUUGUGCUCCAUGGAUUCUCUUGCAAUGGGUGGGGGUGAUCACUUUGCACUUUAUUUGGACAGUGAUCUAUUGAUUGGAUCAAGUGGAAGGUCAGAAACUUACGAUAACUGUUGUCUUGCACACACUCAAGACUUUGACGUAAAGGAAGUCGAGGUGCAGAUCUCUCUCUCUCUCUCUCAAAAUAUUGCUUGUGAGCCUACCAAAGUUGAGAAGCAACUAUUUUCUGGUGCUAUGCAGCUGUGGGGCUUUGUAUAUCAAUCAAAAUAUGAGGAAGUGACUGCCUUAUGCCGAAAAGAGGACCCUGGAAUUGCUCGAUGGUGAAUAUUUUGACCAUGAAGUGGACUAUCGUUGCAUUUGACCGCAUGGACCUAAUAGUACUCUUGGCAUUGUGAUUCUGAUCCACCCUGAUAAUGAAAUUUUUGUACUGUUUGUAUAAAGAUGUUCCAAGCACUCUGUUUCAGUGAAGACAUCUCCACCCCCACCCCCCCCCCCCCCCCCCCCCUGUACAUAAGCAAUAGCACUUCUGCACUGUUACUAGCCAAUUUUGCGUAUGCCACUGUAUUGAAUGAAUGGCAAGAGCAUUUUACUACCA